GGACUAUGAUACGACACAGCACUGGGGAACUUCCACAGCUUGUCCACACCUUUUCUGAAAGGUCACUGACCCAGUUUGACUUGUAUUCGUCAAUGACCCUGAACUUUCAUGUGUCGGAUAAGCACUUUUGUCAAAUGAGGACAUGGCCAAAGUGCACAGGCUCUAUGUAGGCAUAGUAACAGCACUGGCCUUAUACAAAUACUGCCUGGCAGAGUGGAAUGCCACCGACGAAUCUGCCAAUCCAACUGUGUCCUAUUGUCAUCGCCAUGGCAACAGAGACAAUUGCACAGACCUGAUAGAUACAAGACAGGAGAAUAGUCACUUCUCAAAAUGUCCUGAGAAGCAAGAGACCUACUGUGUCCACGGGGAGUGCCGUUACAUUAUAGAACAUGAGGCACCGUCUUGCAGGUGUGAGCCUGGUUACAUUGGCUCAAGGUGUGAAUAUGUGGACCUGGACCCGCAAAUAGCAGAGAACCGACAAAUCAUCAUUGCCGGUGUCAUUGCUGGGCUCCUUAUCCUCACUCUUCUGAUUGUAUUUAUCUGCAUCUUUUUACAUCGUAGAUCCAGAUUGUGCCGGCGGAGGGGAAGACGGAGAGAAGAACCGAGAAAUGGGACAGAGAAGCACAGCAUGAGUGAGACACGUACACACAGUGAGACACACACACCUCUAACAUCAGACUCAACAGAGCCACCACACACCGAUGCUGUAUAAGGAGUGUGCAGAAGUCUGUGUGCGUCCACAAAUCUGGGAAUUGUUUUCCCAUGAGGGAUUUUGUCUUUCAUGUGAAGCUGCUGUCUUCUGUCUCACAGUGACAGCAGCGUGUGACAGGAGGUGUCUCUGUGCCUGCUCAAAGGGAGUGCGUCUCUGGCUGUGUUAGAUCAAGCGUGAGCACAUAAGUUUGUAACUUAAAGGGUUACUCUGUCUGAAACUUGAAGAUGGCUUCCUGGAUUUACGAUAAACACAAGUUGGAGAUGAGUGUUCAGCUGACUGUAUCCUGGCAAGGAUGCUUUUUUCCAGUGCUGUGGAGCAACAGGCACUCACUUGCUCAUUUGGAGCUGCUGACCACACAGUGCUAAUUAAAUGGUUGCUAUUCUGGAAAAAACACUGUGACACCAGCAAGAGGCUGGUGAUAACGGCUGAUCAGAACUUGACACUGAAGAAAAGGAAGGACUGCGUGUACUGCAUGUUUUGGAGGAAUGUUUAUCAUGUAAAUAAUACCACUAGGUUUGCUAAAGUGCACAGUAACAAUGUUUGAAAGCCUUCACAAAAGCAUCACACAUUCCUCUAUGCAGAUUAUUGUUACUCAUCAAUAUUAGCAGCCUCCUAUAUUACUGAAGGUUUCAGUUCAGGACAAGGAGAACUUGUGCUGGAUGUUUUUUGACCUGAGCAUUCGGAGCCGAGCGUCCUCUGAGCUCCAGAUGCAGAACAGCCGAGCCUGUGUGUCGAGACUCAGCUGAAAUGAAAGGGCUUCAUUGUAUGGGAGUUUCCAAUCUGCCAGCCUUUCACUGGGUUUUUCAGUAUCUGUAUUAAUGCUGCAUCUAAAUUUAGAAUUAAGAAAGUCAUGAAAAAGUCAUUAAAGUCUGC